ACCUGCAGGAUUAUGUUGGAAAAGAGGAGGAUUUCUCUGAACAGCAGCUCUGUGGUCAGGAGGUAAAUUCCAGUUUGGACCAAGAGGAACCUUUGCAGAUAAAAGAAGAGCAGAUAGAGUCAGAACAUCCCUGGACAAAAGAGGAAACCAUGGAGCUCCCCAUAAGUGAGCAUGAAGAGCAGCUUGUUCUGAUGCAGGAGACUGAAGAUACAGGAGAGAAACCUUUCUCAGGUUUGACAAGGGGAGAAAACCUUCUAAAAAAAGAUUUUUUUAUGGUUCACACUCAAAAAGGUCAGAAGAUUUAUGAAUGUCUGUCCUGUGGAAAAAUGUUCCCAAAGAAAUCUAAAAUUGAUGGACACAUCAGAAUUCACACAGGUGAAAAGCCCUUUUCCUGUACUGUUUGCAACAAGAAUUUUACUGAAAAGUGUAAUUUGAUUAAACACAUGAGAGUUCAUACAAGUGAGAAACCUUUUGAAUGUCUAUCCUGUGGAAAAAGCUUCUUCUCUAAGUAUGAUCUUAAUAAGCACAUCAAAUUUCACAAUAUUGAGAAGCCUUUUUCCUGUACCAUUUGUAACAAGAAUUUUACUGAAAAGGGUAAUUUGACUAAACACAUGAGAGUUCACACAAGUGAGAAGCCUUUUGAAUGUCUGUCCUGUGGAAAAAGCUUCAACUUGAAGUGUGUUUUUAAUAAUCACAUCAGAUUUCACACAGGGGAGAAGCCCUUUUCCUGUACCAUUUGUAAGAAGAAUUUUUCUCAAAAGACUCAUUUGACUCAACACAUGAGGGUUCACACAGGUGAGAAACCUUUUUCCUGUACCAUUUGUAACAAGAAUCUUACUGGAAAGGGUAGUUUGAUUAAUCACAUGAGUGUUCACACUGGUGAGAAGCCUUUUAAAUGUCAAUCCUGUGGAAAAAGCUUCACUCAGAAAUCUCAUCUUGAUACACACAUCAGAAUUCACACAGGUGAGAAACCUUUUUUCUGUACCAUUUGUAACAAGAAUUUUAAAAUAAAGAGUCAUUUGACUCAACACAUGAGACUUCACACAGGCGAGAAGCCUUUUUCCUGCAGCAUUUGUAACAAGAAUUUUAAUCGCAAUAGUCAUUUGACUCAACACGUGAGGGUUCACACAGGUGAGAAGCCUUUUUUCUGUACCAUUUGUAACAAGAAUUUUAAAAUAAAGAGUCAUUUGACUCAACACAUGAGACUUCACACAGGCGAGAAGCCUUUUUCCUGCAGCAUUUGUAACAAGAAUUUUAAUCGCAAUAGUCAUUUGACUCAACACAUGAGACUUCACACAGGCGAGAAGCCUUUUUCCUGCAGCAUUUGUAACAAGAAUUUUAAUCGCAAUAAUUCAGCCAGGUUGCGACCCAGCAGGCGGGUUGAAAAUCCAGGUAACUCCUCUUUGCAGCAGAGCUUCGGAAAUCUGCAAUGA